GAUUUAUUUACCAUACUGAUUAUAUUACUGAUACAAGGUUGUUUUUCACUUCUAAAGUGAAAGUAAAGACUAAGUGGUUAACGCUUGAAGCUAUUUAAAUUUAAUCUACUAGAUAUCUAGAAUUUUAAAUCUAGAUACAUAGCAUCGAGAAGCUUGGAGUCAUACAUUUAUCUUAAGCUCAGAGCGAAUAAUACUAGUAGUACUAGUACUACUAGUAGUAGUGUAUACAUUAACUUUCAUUAAGUAACAUUACAUAGUCAUACAUAGUGUAACAUAGUAAUAGUAGAUAAUACAAAUCUAGUUUACACAUAAUUGACAUAAUCAUAUAGGACAUAGUCACAUAGACAUACUGUCACAUAGAUCUAGUUCACACACACUCAGUAACACUGUGAUACAUAUCAUACACUGAUACAGUACACGUGAAUCGACAUGAUAUCAAAUUGAUACAGAGUCUUACAGACUACACUCACGUAACACUGGUCACUACACACACAGCGACUUGAUUGAGUGACUUCACAAAUCUGAAAUCACAGUCUACACAUUCUUCAGUUACAGUUACUAAAUUACUACAGUCCAGUGAGUAAAGUUAUAGACAUAAACAAAAAUCAAAACAUGAUGAAAAUGCAAAGAAAAUUAGAGAUUCUUAUAAUGAGAACACAUAUUUUAUUUCGAUUUCGAAGAUAUGGAUCAUAUGCCCCUUCUCAUAAUUAUUAUGGGCAUGAUUAUAAUUAUCAAGAUCAUGGGUAUGUUACUCGAAGUCGAACUACUAAACAUUAUGAUUAUGAUUCUAUGAAUUUAAUGUACUCAUACCAACAGCUUCAGCUCAGCCAGGGGACACCAAUCCAUAAGGCUCAAAAUUUAAAGCUUGGACCAACUGCACCAAGACACUCUAAGCCUUUGUUAGAACUGUGUCCUCAACAUUUCUAUCUAUCUUGUCGAUCUUUCUGGGGAGUAACUGUUGCAUUUAAUCAAGUAGAUGAAGAGCGUGUUAAAUUGGCUGGACCUGACCGGGCAGCUGCAGAAUGGGUCCUUAGAAAUGAAGGCUCUAUCAAGUGGACAACAUCUCCUGCACAUCUCAAUGACUAUAAUAUGCUCCCUCGAUCAGAUUUUGAAGAAUACAAAUUGGAAGAAAUUGAUUUGUCUAAUACAAAAGUUAUUGACCUUGGAUUUGAACACCUAAAAAACUUGAAACAUCUUCGUAAGGUCAAACUGUACAAGUGUGUUUCCAUCAUGGAUGAUGCCUUGAAAAACUUGCAGCAUGUGAAAGACACCUUAGAACAUUUGGAAAUAAUUGACUGCCCCAUGAUUACAGAUGCUGGUUUGAAUCAUUUGAUUAAACUCAGAAAUCUGAAAGUUUUAAUUUUGUCUGCUCUUCAAGAUGUUCCUGACCUAAAUAAGUCUGUGAAUCGACUGAAGAGCUCCAUGCCUUGGUGUCACAUAGUUCAGACCUCUGAUGUCGAGGAUCUUAAAACUUAAAGAAAAAAAAAAUAUGUUCAUUCUAGAGAUAGGCUACUAGUUUCAUGUAACACUAGUGUCAUAUUUUAUUUCCUUGAAGUGAUAUUGUACUUUCUUCUGCAUGGAAAUGGUUUGGAAAAUUCCUCAAAAAAAAAAAAAAAAAGAUCAAUUACUUAAAGACUAACACUUGGACACAUGAAAAUGACAGCAGUGAAAUGUUUUGGAUGACAUUUUUGAAGAAGUUUUUUUUUAAUUAUCAAGAUAGCUAGCACUGAGGAUAAAGUUAUUAGCUACCAUAAUUGAAAAGUGCAAAAUUAUAUCUUGAAAUUAUUACAUAUCUGGAUUAUGUUGGUGUUUUUUCAUUAAUAAUAUCAGCAUAUAUAUGUUAUCCAGGGACUUGUGAACAGUCUGCAUUUCUAAGCUUGUGCAAGUGACUAGUACAGCCUUCUUCAGUUCAGAAUGUCUGAUUGCAAUGUUUCAGUAGAUGGUGUGCGCCACUUUGUGUCGGGCUUAAAUGUGUAGCACAGUGAUGCCCAAACUACGGCCUGCGGGCCACAUCUGGCCCGCGACGUGGUUUGGACCGGCCCGUCAAAACAUCGGCACAAAAUGUGGGGGGAAAAAAGGUAGAAAAAUGUAUUUUUUUUCUUUGAUACGACUCUAGCUUUUUCUUUGAUGGAUUUCAUUCUAAUCUAUUUUCUUGUAGUAUUCAUGUUUAUUUUCUUGUUUUUUUUUCGGCGACAAGAAUUGACAGUUGUUUUAGAGUCUUGGACACUACCGCGGCUGUCUAGAGCUAGCCGUGUUCAUGACAUCUCAUGUGUGUAGCACAGCACAUCUUUUCUGCAUCAUUUUGGUUCGUGUACUUCUGACGUCAGCAUGAUUGGUGCCGUGUCGUGUCACAUUUGCACGUUAAUGAAAUGGGAGAGCUGAAGAAACGAAAAUUGGAUGUUUAGCGAGAAAUGAAGCAAAACAGAGUGCUUGCUAGCAGUGAUGGAAUUAAAUCGGCGUGAAAAAAAAUGAAGCUGUGCCGCCUUUCUGGCAUGACAAUAGCAAAACGAGUCGAGCAGACGAUGUUGGUGAAAAUCUCCAUUCAAAACUAAAUAACAGAGCAGCAGAUUUCGAAAUAAUGACUAUUGCUGCUGGAACUGAUUGACUUACAAAUCCAGAUUUCGAACAAUGAGGACAAUAGAUGUCUAUGCCAGGUUGUCUACAUAAGCCUUGCACAUUUGCAAAAAAAAUUGAUGGUAUGAUCACAAUGUUUACAAGUACUUAUUUUAGUAGAGAACUUUUUCAGUUAUAAGACAUCUGAAAACCUAUGUUACGUAAUUAUGGUGUAAGUAGGCCUAUUGGAGCCACGAAAUUGUAAUAUAACUAUUUAAAAUGGUUUAUUUUCUAUUUCAUUUUUUGGUAUCUUUUUUUGUUAAUGUGGCCCGCGACACGAGUUUUAGAAAUUAAAAUGGCCUGCAGGCCGUAUAAGGUUGAGCAUCACUGGUGUAGCAAGAAUGGGACAUUGUAUGAUCCGAUGAUCAUGAAUGCAAGGUCAAUAAGCGUGAGUUAGAUGAGGACAAAAAAAGGCUGGAAAAGAAGGUUGAAGGUUAAACUAUUGUGGGCGUGAAAAGAAGAUUCUAGAGGUUUUGGGGUGGAGACUAUUUAAUUAGUUGAAGUUUGUUCUUUUUAAAGUCAGAGUUAGGACUUACUUGAGUGAGAGCUAGAUGUUGCUAGUUAAGGUACAGAGUUGGUUAGUUUAUUUGAUCAGUACUAUUAUAGUAUCCUGUAUCUGAAUUGUAUUUACUGUAACUAUAGUCAUUGUUUUAAUUUCGAGUUUAGAAGAUUUAAACUAAGAAAAUUAUAUCUACACUGUGUCAUUUUAUUGCAUCUUAGAAGUAUUUGUCUAAUAAUAACAGCACCUCCGCAUCCACAUCAGAUGAUUCAGAGUAGAUACAACAUAAGUCUAUCUCUUCAAAUAGCAUCGUGAUACUCAGCUUCAGCGCAUCUUGUAUUAUCCCAGUUUUCUCUUCAAUGUCACAACUAAAAAGUUAUGACAUUAGCUGUGGUCUCCCUGAAAGACACUGCCACUACUGAAUACUCUUUAAGAUAACUUGAGGGACUGUGAAAUGUUUUCACUGAACACCUGGUGAUCUUUUUCCUUUACUUAGCCAAAGAGUUCUAUGGUUCUAAUGAAUUGUUUGAAAAUUAUUAUUAUUUGGGGUAGUAGAUAAAAAAAUACCAUGGGGAAUUAGUUUUAUAUUAACUUCCCAGUUGAUUAGGGAUGGCUGGGUGUUUUGUUAUGAGUGCCAAAAGUUGAAUCAGUAUGUCAAGAAGCAGAAUUGACAACAUAAGAACAGUCAUUUCUAGAUGUUUUCAAGUGUUGGUGCAACUCUUAUUGUUUACUUCUAUUAUUUAAACAUCUCUAAAAUAUGUACCAAUCUGCUUAAUAUUUCUUUUGUUUUUUUAAAUGCCUACAACUUUGAUCUCAUAAUGGUUCACACUGUAUUUUUAGCUGACAGCACCUUUUUUUGCAAAUAUUCCAAUAGGAACUGAUUUGUUUUAAAUAUCAAUAGUGGAAGUAAAAAAAAAAUCAUAUUUAUGAACCAAAACUGUCAUGUCAAAAACAAGUGUUGAUUAAAAAUGGAAUAUGGCAUAUUGUUAGAGAAUAAACGUAGAAUUAUAAUAUUUAUUAUCAAGAAUGAAAGAAUCAAUAUGUAGCAUUCAAUGCAUUUGUAGCACCUGUAUAUGACAUUUAUUUGUGCACAUUUUACAGAACUGAAGCCUUUUUCUAAAUGACUCACAAAGACAAAAAACUAAUCUAGAAUUCAAAGGUAUUUCUAAAGUUCUAUUUUAGGAAAUGAAUACUGUGAUGUAGUAUAAGAAAUAGUGUUUUUACAACUAAGUAAGAUGUGGUUGUAAUAUAUAAGGAUGUUGUGUAGCCCACCAGCAGUACUAAUAUGAGAUGGUUGCUUCAUCUUUGUGCACAUUUUCAAACAUCAAUUUUAAUCAUUAAGGAUGCCACUGUAUUUCUAUUUUUUCUUCUAAUAUAAAAAUAACUAAUAAAUUCUUGUAAUUUUU